AUGGCAACACCAAGUGUAACAUCCACCAAAGAGUCAACCAAUUAUGCUCGGUUGUGUCGCCUUCUUAUAGAUGUUGGUUCCCAGGCUCUAAGAGACACUUUUGAUGGGUUUUACUCUCCAGGAAACCUUCACAUUUUUUUGAGUAGUACCUCGGUUCAGUCUAAACUAAAAUCCCUGAGAGGAAAGAAAAUCCUCAAUCCAACACAAUGGAGUAAAUUGUUCCCCGCUGUGCCCACCACUGUAACUUCUGCUAGUUUUGACAUCACUCUUUUAAGCGUUCUCCUGAGAAACAUUUGUGGGUUGAGUCCUCCUGCAUCAACAGCAUCAUGGGACAAACUUCCCCCACCAACAGAUACAUGUCGUGAAGCUGACCUUGUUCGAAUAAAACAUUUUCGAAAUACCGUUUAUGGACAUGCUGAGAAGGCCUCUGUCGACGACGUUACAUUCAAUGGUCUCUGGCAUGACAUUGAGAGUGCGAUGGUCAGAUUAGGAGGACCACCUUAUGCAGCUGCUAUUACCAACCUUAAGGGCGAAUGUAUGGACCCUGAUAUCGAAGAACAUUAUAAAGAGGUUCUUUUGAUGUGGAAGAAGGAUGAGGACAACAUUAAAAACAAGAUCGAAGAGCUAGAUAAGAAGUUUGAAGACUUCAUGAAGUCAUCAGCUGAAGAAAGUGGUAAGUCUUUUCUAAACCCAGGGACAGUAUAAUAUAAAAUAAAAUAAUGGUGAAGAUGACGACGGCAAUGAUGAAGAUGACGACUCAAGAAAAUUAAGGCAUGGGUCAUCUAUUUAAUUCCUCAACACAGGGCUGGGGGGGGGGUGGUCUAACGUUUUAAGCUUUCAUUGAAACGCAAAAUCACUUAAGGACAGACUUCCUGGGUAUAAGUUCAAUAUUUUUGAAUGACUAUUGGAGACAUUAAUUGUCAUGUGGCCUCUUAAAGCUAUUGUUAGCUCAAAAAUCUAUUGGGCAGUAUGGAGCCACUUUUCAUUACUUUCUGGAAUUUGCAGUUAUCGUCUUAGUAAUGAGACCAGGAGGUUACGGUAUAUCAUUUCUGUGGCCGCGCCUGUUAAGGUAAUCCUUUAGACAGGAACGAAAUUUGAAAAUCGUUUGAUAAGGGGACUGGGUACUAGUACAAAAUACUGGAUAUUAACACUUUCAUAAAUUAUUCCACAAAGCCCGGGAACAGAUGUCUAAUGAUCAUCUAAGGACAUGUUUGGUUGCAAUUUCUCUGAGGGAAAUUUGUCAUUGUGGUCUGUGAAAGGACCUGAAAGAUCUAAUAAGCGCAUUUUGUGGCUGUGAAAAACAGAAAACAUUCUGGUUUAGUUAUUUAUUCAUCUUUAAAAUACAUUUACAGCAUUUAAAAAGGGAUGCAGCUUUCUAACCUAGGAUACGAAAGGGGUACCUUUUCCAUAAAAAAAUAAUGUUGGGUACUCAACCCAGCCGGUGCGGAAACGGGAUUUACCAGUGGUUGGCCUGUGUCGUAAAGUUAGCCAAUGGAAGUGCACGCUUUUGAGAACAAAUCCAGUUAUAUAAUAAAUGUGAAUAUUUCCGUGUCUUUUGAAAUGGUCCGUGGUGGAUUUAAUGACAGUUUAUUUCAUUUGUAAAAGGGAAACUCAGGGAUGAGGUCAACAAGAAACUGGACUUUUUGACUAAGAGAGGUAAGAUAUACGUAACCAAAACACAACAAAACCAUCAAUCGUUUCCUCAAUAGUGGUAGAGCUUAAUAAACAUCGCAUCCAAAAGCGAUGCGAUGAAAAAAGUGUGAGAAAAUACAUUGAUUGAUAAUUAGCACGGAUUUAGAUGCUUCUGAAUUUCUUGAGCCGAACAGAUUCUUAAGGAAUUACCUGUAUCACAACUAUGUCGCCAGUGCUUAUAUAGAAAUCGAGCUGUCACAAUUCUGGCUUCAUAAUAAUCUUGAUGGAAAUAAAUCAGCCUCCUUUAGACUGAGAAACAGAAUCUAAGAUUUGCAAAAAAAUACAGAAUUAAAUAGAAGUGAUCGUUUCUGAAUGUGGGAGGCAUUAGUAUGUUGAGGGUCGCGGUUAAAAAAAGUCGACAAAUAAGAGAAAUUCAGGGGUGAGGUCAACAAGAAACUGGACUAGAAUCUAUUUCAGAUUUAUUUCAGGAAUUAUUUCUGUGCAUCUUAAAGAUAGGUCAGUCGUCUAAACAUAAGGCUGUUAUUUUUAUGGCUCCAGUGCUAAUUGACAGAACUCGGUUACCCUCUCUGCAGGCCAGCUCUCUCAAUCAGCUGCGCUAUAAACCCUAGCUCGUAAAGUAACUUUGUCUCUGAAAUGACAAUUAAGCAUCAAAAGUUUAAUCUUUCACACAGUAAUAUCUCGAUGUUUCGUUGUUUAUAAUUAGUUGUCAUCUUAGUUCAUUACAAAUUCAAAGAGUUUUCAAAUUUCAGCUUGCAACUGACAAUAGACUAUGUAAAUCAUUUUCAAUGAUAAGGCUUCUCUUAACCACUCUCGAAGUAAAAGGCGAACACACUGUUUGGUUAUAACGGUCAUAUGCUAGUUUAUCUCACAUUCGCAUGGAGCUUGUUUUCUUUUGCUUUUUAUUUUCUUGACAGAAAUAAACAGAGACAACCGCAGAAGUGAGCUGCCAGAAGAAGUACCCAACGUACAUGGACACGAAAAAGAAGUUGAUGACAUCGUUCAAGCUCUCUGCGGAGAGAGAAAAACGACAGCAGCCGGAGUCCUUGUUAGUGGAAUAGCUGGGAUAGGAAAGUCCACGGUUGCCAUUCAAGCUGGGCAUCGGCUUAAAAACGAAUUUGAAACCAUCGUUAGGUUUUGUUCUUUGAGAGGUGCAAACAAAGGGGGCGGAGAAGACGACGACGUGUUGAGAGAAAUUUUGAAUGUGUGUGUCCCAGGCCAUCAACAAAGCAGUGAGUACCCCAAGCAUGUUUUGCUCAACUGGUGCAGGCGGCUUGAAUACGAAUUGGUCCUUAUUGUUGAUAAUGCGGAAGACGCUAUAGACGAUCCAGGCGACUAUUCAUUUCUGAACUUGUUGAGUGAUAUGAGAAAGUGCUCAUACUGUCAAAUUAAGUUCCUGAUAACCUCAAGACGUUCGGAAAUUGAAACUUCCGGAACAGUUUCAAACCUUCAGCUUGUCAAAAUACCCGUUGGUCCUUUGGAUGUUAGGGAAGGUGUAGAAGUUCUAAAGGACGGUGCUAAUUUGCCGUUUGAGACUGCGCCUGACAUUGAAGUCAAAUUAUACAAAAUAGCUGAACUAUGCGAAAACAUUCCACUAGCACUCCGAUUAGCUGGUCCUCUCCUUGCAGAAGAAUCUGAAUAUUCUUUUGACGGACUUAUACAAGAGCUUGAAAAGAACCCAACGAAAACUCUCGAUCUUGAGCAUAUGAUGGAAAUAGCUUUCAAAAAGCUAGACGAGUCUCUGCAACACGCAUUAGUUUGUUUGUCCGUGUUUCCUCGAUCUUUUGCAAGAGAUGCUGCUGAGGCAUUACUGGGCAAAGUUAACUGUGCUCAGCACCUAACAAAGUUAAAGAAAAGGUGCUGGAUCCAGAAACAGGGCAACCGAUACCUCAUUCAUUUACUGAUUAGAGGGUACGCCAGGCAAAUCGGAGAAAGGGAAGGGUUCCGCCAAAUUCUAGCUCUUGGCCAGCAGAGGUUUACUGAGCACUUUUUGACACAGAUUUUAAAAGAUACCGACAAGUAUUGGGGAAAAGACAAGUGUAAGGAAUCUCUCCGUCUUUUCAACGAGGAAAGGGUCAAUCUGGAAGCCACUCUUAAAGUUGUGGGCCAAAAGAAAAUGUGCAGCUAUGGGGCAUGCAGAGAACUAGAGUGUAUGGUGAUGCGAUGUCACCAAGUAGCACAAUACAUUGAAUACUGUGUCCCCUUUAAGGUUUAUUAUGAAUUUCUUGUGGGCCUGCUUCAAUUUUCUCGAAGCCAAGAGAAAAUUACUAAGGAGGUAGAGAUUUUGUGCCUCCUUUUUCACGAAUCAAGAAAACGUGGUGAAGGUGAAAUGCAGAAAUCAAAAGAUCUCAUUGAACAAGCUAUCCAACUACACGAUGGAAACCUCCCAUGUUUUGAUGAAGAGGGCUUGUCUGAAGUUUUUUAUUUGAUCCACUAUGGUAGAUACCUCUCACAGGACUGUCACGAAAGAGAGAGGUCACAGCGUUAUCUUGAAAAGGCAAUUUCAGUUUAUGAAAAGGACGCUGCGAAGCAUUUGGAACAUAACUUCACAUUUGAUAAGGGCAAAAUUCUUUCUCAAAUGGGACAUAACGCGAAACUUCACAAAGAUGGAGUAAAGCGCGAAGCCGCUGUGAGAUACUAUAGUGAAGCCUUAAGUUUUCGUCUUGUGCAUUAUGGAAAGCAUCUUUUAACAGCGUUUUCAUACAAAGAAAUGGGUGAUUACUUUUUGUUUCUUGAGGAACUGGGCAAGGCAGAUGAAAACUACAAGAAAGCACUUGCUGUUUUGGAAGACAUGGAUGUAAAGGAACAGAAAGAGAUAGUUCCCAUCUAUAAAAACUUUGGAAUCUGCUGCCGGAAGAGAAAAGACUUUGUCCGAUCUAGAGAAAUGUUCCAGCUGGGAAGUUCUGUUGCCGAUAACACCAUAGAGGGAAACCACAAAUGGAAAGUUUGGAUCAAGACUCAACUAGCGUUGCUUCUGUAUAGAGAAUAUCCAGAAGAAGAAAGUGAGGCCCGCAUAAUUUCUGCAGAAGUUUUUCAAAUGGGUAAGGAACUUGGAAUGAAGAAAUGGCCUAAAAAGGAGACACUUGAAACGUUUUACAAGAAUCAUCAGGAACAUGAUAAACACCACCUAUAG